GUGGAAACUGGGCAGGGUCUGCCUGCACAUGAAAGCAGCGUCGGUGCGUGCACACAGCGCAGUUUCUCUUUUACGAGAUGACACGCCGCUGUGAGCCUUUAACUUUGACUUGGUGUGGCAUUUCUCUGCCUUCCGGAGGCGUCGCUGCCCGGACGCCGGCGGUGUUGUUCAACUUUGGGAAGUGUGUCGGUUUGUUGUGAGAGCUGAGAAGGAAUGCGCGGUUUCUGGUGACUUUUCCUCUCGAGUUCCCCCCCCCCUCUCGGAACAGCGACUUCGACCAACCUGCGGUUAACUGGUGUUUUAUCUGAGCGUGCCAUCGACAGUAAACAUGCAGCAUGAUGUGUAGUUGCACCUCUGUCGCUGACAGACCGUUGUUUGCCUGCGUUAAAACGGAGGAAGGUUGCACGUCGUGCCUGUGCAGAGGCUCCAUGGGUAACCGCCGUGCGUAACGCUGGCUCUCCAUGGAGGACUACUGGAGAAGCCACUCAUCUCAACCAACACUUUAAGACAGCGAGUGACCCUUAAAAUAUGAUGAGUCAAGACCAAGACGGGAUAUCCUUACCGGUGCCUUGCUUCGGCGUCUGCCCCAGCAGAGAGAGCCUCGACGACAGUAGCAGCGGUGGAGGUGGAGGUGGCGGCGUCUUCGGUAUCCCCGCAGCCGGGACUUUCUGGCAGGACUCGGUGGUCGUCGGUGGGGGGCACAGCCCGACCCCAGGGAGCAAUCCGAUGGACGGCGGGGGCUUGCUCUCCACCGGUAAGUCGUGCAAAAGCAGGCCGGUGACGGUGGCCUAUGUGGUGAACGGAGAGGCGAGCCAGCAGAAUAACGCGGAGAGCAUGGCCCUGCAGUGUCUGAAGGACGCCUGCGAUUCGGUGGGCAGCAAACUGGAGACGGUGAACUUUGGUAAACUGGACUUUGGGGAGACCACGGUGCUGGACAGCUUUUACAAUGCAGACAUCGCCGUGGUGGAGAUGACGGAUGCCUUUCGCCAGCCCUCGCUCUUCUACCACCUGGGAGUCAGAGAGAGCUUCAGCAUGGCCAACAACAUCAUCCUGUACUGCGACACUAACUCCGACUCCCUCCAGUCUCUGCAGGAGAUCAUUUGCCAGAAGAACACUACGUGCUCAGCCAACUAUGCCUUCAUCCCGUACAUGGUGACGCCUCACAACAAGGUGUACUGCUGUGAGGGCAGCCUGAUGAAGGGGCUGACGGAGCUGAUGCAGCCCAGCUUUGAGAUGCUGCUGGGGCCCAUCUGCAUGCCGCUGCUUGACCGCUUCAUCCAGCUGCUCAAAGUGUCACAGGGAAACUCCCACCAGUAUUUCCGCGAGACCAUUCUGAACGAGAUCCGUAAGGCUCGGGAGCUGUACACUGGCAUGGAGCUGGCUGCCGAGUUGAGCCGCAUCCAGCAGCGGCUGGACAACGUGGAGUGCCUUUCGGUCGACAUCGUCAUCAACCUGCUGCUGACAUACAGGGACAUCCAGGAUUAUGAGUCCAUCGUGAAGCUGGUGGAGACUCUGGAGAAGCUUCCGACCUUUGACCUCGUGGCUCAUCCACAUGUGAAGUUCCACUACGCCUUUGCACUGAAUCGGAGGAACCUGCCGGGCGACAGACAGAAGGCUCUGGACAUAAUGCUGCCCCUGGUGGAGGGCGAGGAGCAGGUAGCCUCGGACAUCUACUGCCUGGUGGGACGGAUCUAUAAGGACAUGUUCCUGGAGUCUCACUUCACUGACACACCGAGCAGAGACAGCGGCACACAAUGGUUUAAAAAGGGGUUUGAGUCGGAGCCAACACUACACUCUGGGAUCAACUAUGCUGUUCUGCUCCUGGCAGCCGGACACCAGUUUGACAGUUCUUUUGAGCUUCGUAAAGUGGGAGUGAAGCUGAGCAGCCUGUUGGGGAAGAAAGGCAGCCUGGACAAGCUGCAGAGCUACUGGGACGUGGGCUUCUUCCUGGGCGCCAGCAUCCUGGCCUGCGACAACACCAGGGUCAUCCAGGCCUCUGAGAAACUCUUCAAACUCAAAGCCCCCAUCUGGUAUCUGAGCUCACUAGUGGAGACAAUCUUGAUCUACCAACAGUUUAAGAAACCUGGCGUGGAGCAGCCGGCCCCCAAACAGGAGCUGGUAGACUUCUGGAUGGACUUUCUGGUGGAGGCCACCAAGAAAGACGUCUCCUCUGUCCGAUUUCCUGUGUUGAUAUUAGAGCCCACGAAAGUAUAUCAGCCUUCAUAUUUGUCCAUAAACAAAGACGUGGAUGACAACACGGUGUCUAUCUGGCAUGUUGCUUCUGAUGACAAGCACAAGGGGAUCCAUGAGUGGAACUUCAGCGCCACAUCAGUACGAGGUGUCAGCAUCUCCAAGUUUGAUGAGCGCAGUGCCUUCCUCUACGUGCUCCACAAUUCAGAGGACUUCCAGAUCUAUUUCUGUACAGAGAUGCACUGUAAAAGGUCUGUUCUCAGUCCCACUCUCUGUUACGACUAUGAGUACGACGAGCACGGAGAGAGGGUGGUUCUGGGAAAAGGCACAUUUGGAGUGGUGUACGCCGGCCGAGACCUCAGCAACCAGGUCCGACUGGCCAUCAAAGAAAUCCCAGAGAGAGACAGCAGGUACUCUCAGCCACUCCACGAGGAGAUCGCUCUUCACAAGCACUUAAAGCACAAGAACAUCGUCCAGUACCUCGGCUCAAUCAGCGAGAACGGCUUCAUAAAGAUCUUCAUGGAGCAGGUGCCUGGAGGGAGUCUGUCUGCACUGCUGAGGUCCAAGUGGGGCCCUCUGAAAAACAACGAGUCCACCAUCGGCUUCUACACGCGGCAGAUCCUGGAGGGACUCAAAUACCUGCACGACAACCAGAUAGCACACAGAGACAUCAAGGGCGAUAAUGUUCUUAUCAACACCUACAGCGGCGUCCUGAAGAUAUCAGAUUUUGGCACAUCAAAGAGGUUGGCUGGGAUCAACCCUUGCACGGAGACUUUCACAGGCACAUUGCAGUAUAUGGCUCCUGAAAUCAUAGACAAGGGUCCUCGGGGAUACGGCAAGCCAGCGGACAUCUGGUCUCUGGGCUGCACCAUCAUAGAGAUGGCCACUGGGAAACCACCUUUCUAUGAACUGGGAGAGCCGCAGGCUGCUAUGUUCAAGGUGGGCAUGUUUAAGAUCCACCCAGAGAUCCCAGAGUCCAUGUCGCCGGAGGCCAAAGCCUUCAUCCUGCGCUGCUUUGAGCCCGACCCGGACCGCCGUGCCACCGCCCUCGACCUGCUCACCGAUGAGUUCCUCACCGUCACCAGCCGCAAGAAGAAGAGCAAGAGCAGCUUCACAGCUCUGUCUCCGGGGUCUGAGUACCUGCGCAGUAUCUCCCUGCCGGUGCCGGUGGUGGUGGAGGACACCAGCAGCAGCAGUGAGUACGGCUCCGUCUCCCCUGACAACGACCUCAACUCCAAUCCCUUCAUCUUCAAGCCCAGCGUGAAGUGCUACAGCGAGAGGGAUGUGAAGGGGCCCAGGUCCCUCUUCCUCAGCAUUCCAGUGGAGAACUUCGAGGACCACAGUGCGCCUCCGUCUCCCGAUGAAAAAGAUUCCGGCUUCUUUAUGCUUCGGAAGGACAGCGAGAGACGAGCCACACUGCACCACAUCCUGACCGAGGACCGGGACAAGGUGGUGGCCAACCUGUUGGAGGCCCUCACACAGGGCCCUGAGGAAAAACUGAAGCCUCAGCACAUCUCCACCCUCGUGGUCAGCCUGGCCGACUUUGUUCGCAUGGCGGACAGGAAAAUCAUCGCCAACACGUUGUCUCAACUCAAGCUGGAGCUGGACUUCGACAGCACAGCCAUCAGUCUGCUGCAGGUCGUGCUGUUUGGCUUCCAGGACGCUGUAAACAAAGUGCUGCGAAACCACAACAUCAAGCCUCACUGGAUGUUCGCUCUGGACAACAUCAUCCGCAAAGCUGUGCAGACCGCCAUCACGAUCCUGGUGCCAGAGCUGAGGCCUCACUUCAGCCUGGCCUCAGAAAGUGACCCGGCCGAGCAGGAGGACGUCGACGACGACACCGAGCUGGAGAGAAACUCCACCCACCAGAGCCGGGCGCCUCUUGCCGCUCACGACGACACCGUGGUCACCUCCGGAGUCAGCACGCUCAGCUCCACCGUGUCACGCGAGUCCCAUAAUGCACAGCGCUCUGUCAGCAUGGAGCUCGGCCGGAUGAAGCUGGAGACCAACCGGCUGAGGGAGCAGCUGCUGGAGAAAGAGAGAGAGUAUCAGGCCAUUCUGCAACAAGUGCUGGAGGAGAGAGAGCAGGAAAUCAGACUACUGAGGCUGCGAUCUGAGCCCGCAGAUGUCCCCACAUCAUCAAGUUGCCCCGAGGGACAGAGGAGUCCACCUGCAGAGAGACCGGAAGACUCAGAGAUGACCAGCUGGCUGAGGCUUUACGGCGCUGACCAGGACUCCAUCGAUAGAAUCCUGAAAGAGGAGUACACGUUGAACGACAUCCUCCACGAUGUAACAAGAGAUGAUCUGAAGAGUUUAAGACUGAGAGGCGGGAUCCUGUGUAAACUAUGGAAGGCCAUCGCAGACUACAGGCAGAAGCCAACCUGAGGCCUUAAGUGGACAACCACUCAGAAAAGCCAGGUCCUUUGUCCCAACAACUCAGUAUUCUCUCUUUUUCCUCCGUUUUUACAAGAGCAAGACUUUUAGGAGAGAAACCUGUGUUUGCCGUCGUGUGUACAGAGCAGCUUUCCACCAGCACAAGAAACUCUGACUGGUCUCCUCGGAGUAUCUUGAUAAUUUUGAAAAAAGGAUUUUGGAAAAAACAACUAUGAAAGCAACAAUAACUGAGAAGUGCCACAAGUUUGGUGGACAUUACACAGCUUUUUGUUACAGGUGCGUUAAAAAUUACAAUUAGUAAGAAAAUCUAUUGUUAAAAUCUUGAAUAGGCCUAUUGUCAAAACAUUUUCUCCUGUCGUUACAAGAUUACAAGACGUUUACAAAACUGGAGACUGGUCGUUUUCUAAUACAAGCCUGAGAUACAAAAUUCUACAUUCAAAAUCAUCUGAACUAAUAUUUUUAUCUUAGCAUCUUAUCACUACUUUAUUUAAAUGUGUUUUUAAUUUAAUUGUUAUGGUAAUCUAAAGGAUGUCAGUGCAUGCCCUGUUUUUAUUUUAUUUUGUAUCCAUACUGAGACUUAUUUAAAUUGUUUUUUGUUUUUUUCACAUUUCCUUUUAUAAUACAAAUCUACAUUUUUAUUUUUCAGAAAAGUGUAAAUAUUGUGUUACAGAAUAACAUUUAUGUACUUUACAAAUACAAAGAUAAACAUAGUUUAAUCUCUAUGUGGUUUGACCGUGUCUAUAAUCAACACAUGUGAAACAUUUAUUGUAUAGUAUUGUAUUUUCUAGUGUCACAAAUUAUAGGAUACAAUAUUCAGUUGGUAUAAUUAAUAUUACAUGAAAUCAUUUGCUCUGUUUUUAUUGUUGUACACUGACAGAAUUGUGCUUAUCCUGCUUGUGUAGACAUCAAUAUUUUGUAUGAUAUCUAUGUGUGAAGAUAUGAUCAUUCAAUCUGAUGUCAUGAAAAAUCUGAAAUGCAAGCAAAUUCUUAUGGAAGAGCCUUGACCUUUUUUUUUUAUUUUAAAAACGAAAUGGGGAACAUAAUCAUGAGCAGUGUGUCCGUUUUGUUUCAUAUCUAAAAUGAUUCAAGAUUUUUGUGUCAUAUUGUUAAAAUAAAAUGUUUCAUCUUGAACUGUGAAAAAA